AUGUAUUUUCAAAAAUUAUUCCUCCCUUUUAACUACUUAAUUAGCUUAACAUGUGGAAUGGUAUGUCCAACCUCAGACCUCUGUGUCGGCUCUUGUAAUUUAUACGCAACAGAAGAAGGGCCCAUCAAUAUUGGGGGUCUGCAACAAUUUGCAACGGAAAUUUUUAUGAAAAUGAAUAUACGCCAAAUUGUUAGCCCUGAAAUAAUUAAAAAUCGAAACGAGGCACAUAAGCAGCAAAUUGCUUUCCUUGGCAGUGGUCCGGCAAGUAUAUCCUGUGCUAGCUUUUUAGCAAGACUUGGCUAUACAAAUUUAACAAUUUAUGAAAAGGAGGAAUAUUUAGGGGGGCUAAGUUCUUCCGAAAUUCCUCAAUAUCGGUUGCCUUAUAACGUGGUUGACUUUGAAAUUCAAUUAGCCAAGGAUCUCGGGAUUAAAGUUUGGCAAUUUGUUUUUAUAGACCCUUCUUUAUUAUUAAAGAUAGUCACAGGUCGUCAACUUCACAGGAAUGACUUGACCUUGGAAAAAUUGAAAGCCUCUGGUUGCAAAGCUGUCUUUAUUGGGAUUGGAUUGCCUGAACCUAAAAGAGCCCCCAUCUUUCAAGGGUUGGAACCCAAAAAUGGAUUUUAUACCUCCAAAGAAUUCUUACCUCUUGUGUCUAUUGCUAGCAAAAAAGGCUAG